CCGUGACUCACGUGUUUCCGGAUUGUCUUUGAGGACCGGAUGGGUUUUGGCGCUUACUGUCAGACAAUGUUAUGUGAUGGCUGCCAGAGAGCCAAACGAACAUGAAGAAGAAGAAGACACUGUGAAUAUAGUGCUCCAUGAACCUGGUGCUGAACAGGAAAAUGAAAGGCCAUUAUUGAGUGAUGUCACGCCAUUAGAAGGAUUCCGGGGACGAUGUCAGACAGACUCAGGGGUGAUUGUGAGGCUGAGGAAGAACCCCCGCCUCAGGAAGAGGGGGACAGCUCGAGUGGUGACCCUGCUUCUGAAUGACAAUGAUCUGGAUCUACAAGGAGACAUUCGGAGUAAGCUUCCCAGUGUUCGGAUCCGAAGGUACACGACGUCCAGGUCAAUCAAAGACCGAAGGAUAGACCUACAGAGGAUCAACGAGGGGCGCUAUGUCAGGCCGCGGCCUUUCUGGGAGAGGUACGAGGACCUUAAAAACAGGAACCGGAUGUCUUUUAGAAAUGUUGCCAAAGCAGUAAAAGUGUCAACAUUGGAGAGAAUAGAAAUACAAGCAAGGAAAUGGCACAAAUGGAAAAUGAAGUUCAAGGACCUUCGUCAGUCACUGACCGUGUUCCAUGGGACCCUGAGAGGGAUAGAGGGUCGAUAUGGAAUGGCAAUAAUGACUUAUUUCCGUUUUGUGAAGUGGCUGAUGUUCUUAAAUUUCUACAUCAUGCUGAUCACAUUUGCAAUCUUGGUGAUUCCUUUUGCUGCGCUGAGUCCCUCAAAGUUUGAUGAUAUUCUGGGUAACAAGUCGUUGCCUGCGGCGGCCAAUGUAUCGAGUGAGGUCUACAAUAUGACCCUACAGGCUGUGAACUGUACCCAGCAGUACAUCAGACACACGGACCAAGUCCACGGAUCCGUACACACCGGUGCUACACUGUUUGUCGAUCUCAUUCAGGGGACGGGAUACAUGGAGAGAUCUAUGUUGUUUUAUGGUGCUUACAACAAUAGAACGUAUAAAGAGGAUGGUCACCAAACGGUGUACAACAUCGGAGUGGCCUAUCUUAUCAGUGUCUUCAGUAGCUUUCUUCUGAGCUUCAUCCUCAUCAUCAAGAAUUCUGCUAAGAAUAUGAAAGCUUCUCAUGGUGUAGAGAAGUCAGUGGCUCAGUUUACCAACAAGGUGUUUGGGGGUUGGGACUACUGUAUCAAGGAGAGCCGGGCAGCUAAUCACAAAAAGAAGGUCAUUGGGGGAGCUCUGGCUGCUGACCUCGCUGAACAAGAGCGGAGUAAGCGCCUGGGUCUGAGGACAUGGGUGGACUGGUUGGAGGUCUGGGGGAUGAGGAUCGUCAUCAACACCCUCGUCUUUAUUCUGUUGUGUGGGUCUCUGGCCCUGAUAGGUCUCACCACCUCUAAGAUGAUAGAUGAAAGCAAUGGGACCAAGAGUAGUGCCGGCUACACACUCUUCUACCAGUUUGUACCACACCUAACCAUCACUUUAAUUAAUCUGGUUGUACCUCGAGUCUUUCAGAAGCUUGUGUUUUUUGAGGAGUACAAACAUGAAACGCAAAUAAAAAUCACACUCUUCAGGAGUAUACUUUUGCGACUAGCCUCUCCAGUUGCAUUGAUGGUCAUGUUGUAUCAUAAGUUACUGUUGGAAGAUGACGAAGAAACAAAAAUCUGUGGGAAUUUGAGGUGGACUGCUGAUGAUGACCCCAGCUCUGUCAGGUGCUGGGAGACCUACGUAGGGCAGCAGGUCUAUAAGCUCCUGCUGAUAGAUAUAGUGGUUGGUAUACUGGUGGUCCUACUGUGGCACACCCCAAGAAGAUAUAUAAACACAAAAUACCGGGAUCGGUUUAAACUUGUGAGAUUGGUUGGGCCCCAAGAGUUUGACUUAGCAAAGAGUGUUGUUGAUAUUAUUUAUGCACAGAAUCUUUGUUGGUUCGGUCUCCUGUUUUGUCCCUUGAUUCCUGCUAUAACGCUUCUUCAUAAUAUCAUAGUCUUCUUUGUAAAAAAGGUUGACCUCUUUAAAAACUGUCGUCCAGAAUCCAGGCCAUAUAAAACCUCCAAGUCCACUUCUCUGUUUAUGAAGGUGUUGUUGCUAUCCUUUAUGCUGGCAGUUGUUCCUGCUGGAUACAUUGUAGGAAAAAUUCAGCCGAGCCAGAGUUGUGGCCCUUUCCGUAUGUACGGUGACCACUCCUACAGAAUGUACCACAGCUUGGUGAACUAUGUCUACUCCUGGAACAAGGCUCCCCAGGCUGUCUUCUUCUUUAUCGGCACCGGCAUCUUCGUGGUUCCACUCCUUAUUUUAUUGUUGUUACUGAUGUACUAUUACUGGGUCAUAGGACGUGGGUAUGCCACUAAAGAGGAGUUUGCGCUAGAGGACUUGAAAAUGGAGAAAAUGGACACAAAGUUUCUUCUUAAACAAAUUAACAAGGAAAAGGAGGAAUUAUUACGGAAGGACAGUGAUUGUUAAUUGUUGGUAAAAAUCACAGAGUUCAAAAGAAUCUGAAAAUAAUGAGUAUGAGUGAUAAUUUGAAUUAAUGUGCCUUUUGGGAAAAAGAGGAUCCUUUUUUUCUAGUUUGCUAUAAAUGCUAUAGAAUCAAAAUUGCUUUAUAUGUGAAAGCUUUUUAACCAUAAACUUGGUGAAUGUAAGAAUUUUCAAUUCGAAUCAAUAAGAAAUAUCGGUAUUUUUCACAGUUAAUUUAAUUUUGUUGAUUUGAAGUUAAGUUUGUCUUGAAAUCUUUUUGAUGCAUUCUUGUACUUCCAUUUUUAGCUCACCGAGACGAAGUCAGGGGGAGCUUAUGCUAUACCCUCGGCGUCGGCGUCCGGACCUGGUUAAAGUUUUUGUUGCAGGUCCUGUAUCUAAGCUAUUACUUGUCCUAUCUUCACCAAACUUGCAUGGAUGAUGCAUCUGGACCUACUUAUGGACUUGAAAGACUUGGAUGCUGAAUCUGAGUCCUAAAUUUCAGAUGCUGGAGGAGGUUAAGGUUGUUGGACCAGGUUAAAGUUUUUGUUGCAGGUGCCCUUUGAUAGCAAUAUCUAAGUUACUGCAGGUCCGUACUUCACCAAACUUGCAUGGAUGGUGUGUCUUAUGAUACUGAUGCACCAGACAGGCUUCAGUGCUGAAUCUGAGCUAUAGGUUUCAGAUGCUGGAGGAGGUUAAGGUUUUUGGAGCUGGUUAAAGUUUUUGUUGCAGGUGCCCUUUGAUAGCAAUAUCUAAGUUACUCCUGGUCCAAACUUCAUCAAACUUGCAUGGAUGGUGUGUCUUAUGAUACUGAUGCACCAGACAGGCUUGGGUGCUGAAUCUGAGCCAUAGGUUACAGAUGCUGAAGGAGGUUAAGGUUUUUAGAGCUGGUUAAAGUUUUUGUUGCAGGUCCCUAUGAUGAUGAUAUCUUAGUUACUACUGGUCCUAACUUCACCAAAUUUCUAUGAAUGGUGCGUCUUAUGAUACUGAUGCACCAGACAGGCUUGAAUGCUGAAUCUGAGCCAUAGGUUUCGGAUGCUGGAGGAGGUUAAGGUUUUUAGAGCUGGUUAAAGUUUUUGAAACAUGUGCCCUCUGAUGAUUAUAUCUUAGUUAUUGCUUGUCCUAACUUCACCAGACUUCCAUGGAUGGUGCGUCUUAUGAUACUGAUGCACCUGACAGGCUUGAAUGCUGAGUCUGAGCCAUAUGUUUCAGAUGCUGGAUAUGGUUAGGUUUUUUUGGAACAGGUCACAUGCUUAAUAGAUGAUAGUACUAUUUCAAACUUGCAUAGUUGACUUAACUGUAAUAUGAAUGAAUCACAGAGGAAGAUUCAGGUGCAGAGCUUGAUCUCCAUUAUCAAGGAUGCUAAAAAAUAUAUCUUAGUUAUUACAGGUCCUUACUUCACCAAACUUGAAUGGAUGGUGUGUCUUAUGAUACAGAUGCACCUGACAGGCAUGGAUGUUGAAUCUGAGCCAUAGGUUUCAGAUGCUGGAUGAGGUUUAGUUUUUUUGGAACAGUUAAAUGAUAUAACAUGAUUCCUAUGAUAAAGUAUUGUAUGAUAUGAAACACUUUUGUUUAAUAUGAUACAAUAUAAUAUCAUAUGUUAUAUUGUAAAAAGGUAUAUGAUACGAUAUGAUAUUGUAUCAAUUUUUUGAUAUUUUAUGAUAUGAUAUUGUAUCAUGAUAUUGUUUUGUAUAGUAUUGUAUAUUAUGAUACAAUAUUAUAUAAUAUUAUAUUGUAUCAUACGAUAUUGUAUAAUAUGAUAUUGGUUUCUGUAAUUUACAAUUACAUCACGCAAAACUGUAUUUU